AUGCACGUUGCUGUCAAGAUGUUGAAACUAGUGGUGUUGCUGCUGCUUCUACCUCCAGUCGCAUGCAAAGCAGAAACCACCAAGUGUCCCAUGAAGGAUCCUCUCCCUGUUCCACAUGAGUGGUACCAGCCAGGAGAUCUCCUCAUUGGUGGAAUUGCUUCUCAGAUAGGUUACCAUUUGCAUGAGAUAGACUUCAGUCAACAUCCAGCUCAGGAGCUGUAUAAGGGACCAUAUAUGGCAACAAAGUUCCACCAGCAUGUCCUGGCCUUGGUGUUUGCUGUAAAGGAGACCAACAAAAAUCCCAGAAUCUUGCCCAACGUCACUCUUGGGUUCCAUGUUUGUGACAGCUACAAUGAUAUGAGGAUGACCUAUCGUACCACCCUUGAUCUGCUCUAUAAAUUGCAUCGAUAUUUUCCUAACUAUGAAUGUGAUGCCCACAAAAACUUAAUAGCUGUCAUUGGUGGAAUUAGCUCUGAUAUAUCUCUUCAAAUAUCAAACAUCCUAAGUCUGUACAAGGUUCCACAGCUUUCGUAUGGAUCAUUUGCCCCAGAAAAGAGAAGAGGAAAACAGUCUCCUUUUUUUUACCAUGCAGGCCCAAAUGAAGCCUAUCAGAAUACAGGGAUCAUCCGGUUACUGCUCCAUUUCCAGUGGAAGUGGGUUGGGCUUUUUGCUGUGGAUAAUAACAGUGGAGAACAUUUCUUGAAGGUCCUGGAGCCACUCCUUUCCCAAAAUGGGAUCUGUUUGGAUUUCAUUCACAGGGUCCCCAAUGAGUACCAUUGGAAUUUCAGUGAUGAUAUUAAAGAUUUACUUUUGGAUAUUUAUAUACCUUUCAGAGACAGUAAAGCCAAUACGUUUAUGUUCUAUGGAGAACCUACAGCAUUUAUGGCAUUCAACAUUUUUAUGUUUCUGGCCAAUCCGCAAUUUAAAGAAAUUACAUCGUUUAGAAAGGUAUGUAUUAUGACAGCUCAGGUUGACUUUGCAUUAACAAGCCUGCAGAGGGCCUGGGAUUUCCAGUUCUUCCAGGGCACCAUUUUCUUCACAAUUCAGUCCAAUGAAGUUCUUGGAUUCCAGAGUUUUCUUAAAGAAAUAAAACCUUAUGGGGAAGAAGGAAAUGGCUUUCUCAAGGACUUCUGGGAGCAAGCAUUUGACUGUGUUUAUUCAAACUCGGAGGAGCUGAUGAAUAUCAAUGAGAGAUGUACUGGGGAGGAAAGGUUAGAGAGUCUUCCUGGGCAUCUUUUUGAAUUGCACAUGACAGGCCACAGUCACAGCAUCUACAAUGCGGUCCAUGCAGUGGCAAAUGCAUUGCAUGCCAUACACACCUCCAGAUCAAAUCAUAGAGCAAUAGAUGAUGGCCAAGGUGUGGAACUUCACAAUCUCCACUCUUGGCAGGUUCACCCAUUUCUUCAAGGCAUUUCAUUUAACAACUCCGGGGGAGAAAGCUUGUCUUUUAAUGAUGAAAGGGAAAUGGAAGCUGGAUUGGAUGUGAUGAACCUGAUCACAUUUCCAAAUAAGUCUGUCUACCGGGUAAAAAUCGGAAGGGUGAAUCCCAAUGUUCCUGAAGGUCAAGAAUUCAUCAUUGAUGAGAAAAUGAUUGUAUGGCAAACAAGUUUUAACCAGAUAUCAGCUCAUUCAUUGUGCAGUGACUACUGCAACCCUGGCUCACAUAAGAAAAUAAAGGAAGGGGAGAAAUUUUGCUGCUAUGAUUGUGUUCCUUGCCCAAAAGGGAAGAUUUCAAGCCAAAAGGACAUGGAUGAUUGCAUGAAAUGUCCAAGUGAUCAAUAUCCAACAGAGAACCAAGAUGGAUGCAUUCCCAAGAGAAUAAGUUUCCUAUCUUUUGAAGAACCUUUAGGAAUUAGUUUGGCUUCCAUAGCUGUUUCUUUAGCUGUGAUCACAACCAUAGUGUUAGGAACUUUCAUUAAAUACAGAGACACCCCCAUCGUCAAAGCCAACAACCGGGACAUUACCUACAUCCUUCUUAUGGCCCUCCUGCUCUGUUUCCUCUCUUCUUUGAUGUUCCUUGGCCAACCAGGGAAGGUGACCUGCUUCCUCCAACAAUCUGUUUUCAGCAUCAUCUUCUCUUUAGCUGUUUCUUGUGUGCUGGCCAAAACCAUCACUGUGGUUGCAGCUUUUAUGGCCACCAGACCAGGGACCAGCAUGAGGAAGUGGGUGGGGAAAAGACUCACUACCUGUGUUGUCCUUGCCUGCUCCCUCAUUCAAGCAAGCAUUUGUGUGGCAUGGUUGGCUAUCUCACCACCAUUUCCUGAUGUUGACACAUUGUCAUUGACUGAAGAGAUCAUAUUAGAAUGUAACGAGGGGUCUGUCCUCAUGUUCUACAUUGUCCUAGGUUAUAUGGGACUGCUAUCCACCAUCAGUUUGACUGUAGCUUUCCUAGCCAGGAAGUUGCCUGACACUUUUAAUGAAGCCAAGUUCAUCACUUUCAGCAUGCUGAUCUUUUGCAGUGUUUGGUUGUCUUUUGUUCCAACAUACCUGAGCACCAAAGGGAAAUACAUGGUAGCUGUUGAGAUAUUCUCUAUUUUGGCCUCUGGUGCAGGAUUACUGGGCUGUAUCUUUUCCCCUAAAUGCUACAUUAUAAUCUUGAGACCUGAGCUGAACACAAGAGAUAAACUAACAAGGAGAAAAUACUAA